AUGGCACAGGCGCAAGCUCCUGACGACGGCGGCGACGACGCGGCCAUGGAACAGUGCCCGAUCUGCAUGGAGGAGCUGGUGGCCAACAACCGUGGAUCCGUCAAGAGAUUGCCCGGCUGCUUGCACUCCUUCCACGAAAGCUGCAUCCUACAGUGGUUCUGCAGGGCGACGACGUGCCCGUGCUGCCGGCACGACUUGGCAACGUACAUCCGCCGUGUGUACGGGGUGAUCACGCCGCCAGCGUCCUCCUCGGAGACAGCGGUUGCGCAGCCCAUCCGGCGCCGUCGUCCGCGGCACCGGGCGGCUCCGUUCAACACGCGGCAGCGACAGAUGCCGGCAGGGGUUUCUUACAGCCCCGUAGGACCAUUGACGCCGGACCUCAAGGUCAAGGAGUCGGUAAAGCCAACUGAAAGCAGUGGCAGAAAGAACAGGCCUAGCGUCUGA